AUGAGUGUAUCCACUCUCACUCUCCAGGUCCUUGCAAUGGCCACAAACAUUACAUCUCCUGUAACACCCUCCUCAGUAAGUGGCAUGGUCAUCCCUCUGCUGGCUAUCAUCCUACUGUCAGUGGCGCUGGCUGUGGGCCUUCCUGGCAACGGCUUUGUGGUGUGGAGCAUCCUGGUAAAGAUGCGGAAGCGCUCUGUCACUGCCCUGCUGGUGCUGAACUUAGCUGUGGCUGACUUGGCUGUAGUGCUCACUGCCCCCUUUUUCCUCCACUUCCUGGCCCGAGGCACCUGGAUUUUUGGAUCAGCUGCCUGCUGCCUGUUCCACUAUGUCUGUGGAGUCAGCAUGUAUGCCAGUGUCCUGCUUAUUACGGCCAUGAGUCUGGACCGCUCGCUGGCAGUGGCCCUCCCCUUUGUGUCCCAGAAGAUCCGCACCAAGAGGAUUGCCUGGCGGCUGCUGGCAGGCCUCUGGGUGGUGUCCUUUCUGCUGGCCACGCCCGUCAUCGUAUACCGCAAAGUAACCUCGGGACGCAACAACAGGACCCUGAUCUGCUUCCCAGUGUACCCCAGUGAGGGACACAGGGCCUUCCACCUGCUCUUCGAGGCCAUCACUGGCUUCCUGCUGCCCUUCCUGGUCGUGGUGGCCAGCUACUCCGACAUCGGGCGCAGGCUGCAGGCCAGGCGCUUUCGCCGCAGCCGCCGCACGGGUCGCCUGGUGGUGCUCAUCAUCUUGACCUUCGCUGCCUUCUGGCUGCCCUACCACGUGGUGAACCUGGCCGAUGCGGGCCGCGCGCUGGCUGGCAAGGCCUCUGGGUCCGGGCUGGUGGGGCACCGGCUGUUCCUGGCCCGCCAGGUGCUCAUCGCGCUGGCCUUCCUGAGCAGCAGCGUGAACCCGGUGCUGUACGCGUGCGCCGGCGGCGGCCUGCUGCGCUCAGCGGGCGUGGGCUUCGUUGCCAAGAUGCUGGAGGGCACCGGCUCCGAGAUGUCCAGCACGCGCCGUGGGGGCACCCUGAACCUGACUGUAAAGGGCGCCCCCACCUCCCCCGAGCCUGCACCCUCCGAGAGCCUCACUCUCUCCACCAACCCUCUCGAAUGAAGCGAACCCAAGUGGGCCUGGGGGUAUGGUGAUGGCGGAAUGCCCCCUCGCCAGCCUGACCCAAUUUCUGUACCCCAGGAGGAGAACUCAUGUUGGGGGUGGAGCGGAAGAAGGGGGGGGGAGGGCCGAGUAAGGGCGGAGUGAGAGCCUGGCUCCCGAGGCAGCUUUACAAUUAAAACUGAGUCUGAAA